AUCAAUUCAGUCUCAACUCCGAGGCUUUCGAAUCUGCGUUCUGAUUGAAAACAACCCGUCAGUUGUAUAUCUUCGCAAGAUGGCUGAUUUGACGGCAUUUUCUACUGCUGGGGAAGACGCCAUCACCCGCACUGUCGAUCUGGGAGAUGAUGUGCCCGAAGAAAUGUCCAUGGAUCAAUUUUGGGAUUACUACGAAAUUGAUCGUACAGUCGAGGAGAUUGUCAAAGGGGACUACAAGCGUAUUGCGCUACAGUUCCCCGACGAGCUCUUGCGCGACUCGGUACCGAUAUUUCGCGCCCUCAAAUCUAGGUUAGGAGACGAAAAGGAACUCUACGUGCUCGCGGAUACGUCUUAUGGCAGCUGCUGUGUAGAUGAAGUCGCUGCACAACACGUCGAUGCCGACGCCAUAGUGCACUACGGCCAUGCUUGCAUGAGUCAAACCUCGCGUCUCCCCGUGAUUUACGUUUUUGGGAAGAAAGCAAUCGAUCCCGACAAAUGCUUCGAAGCCUUCAUACAAUCCAUGUCAAAAGCUCCAUCAGUUCUGGACAGGAAAACUAUCCUGCUCAAGCUCGACGUUGCCUAUGCUCACAAAGCCGAUCAAAUCCUUGAAAGGCUGCAGUCUGCGCUAUCAUCCACGCAGAUUUUGCACUCCAGACUAUCACUGAUUACCUAUCCCGCGAACCGACUACACAACGGACAUCGACAGGAUGCCGAGGAUCACACGAAUAAAUCACCGGAAGAGAUCGUCCAAAGCACCACAGACAUGCCCGUCAAUGACUGCACAAUACUGUAUGUUGGAGGGGAAAGUCUAGGUCUCACAAACCUGCUCAUUACCCACGCAUCAUGCGAGGUACAUUCCUACGACCCUAAAACAGACUCAGCCCGCCUAGAGUCAACGCGGACGAACAAGCUACUCAUGCGUAGAUAUGCAGCCGUGCAGAAAGCCAGAGACGCGGACGUGUUCGGCAUUCUCGUCGGAACGUUGGGCGUCGCUUCCUACCUUCCGCUCAUCUCCCACCUCCGCUCAGUCCUGCGACGCGCGCAUAAGAAAAGCUACACGAUCAGCGUCGGCAAGCUCAAUCCAGCCAAGCUUGCGAACUUUCUGGAGAUUGAGUGUUUCGUCCUCGUCGCGUGCCCCGAAAAUAGUCUUAUCGAAGCGAAGGAUUUCCUUAGGCCGAUUGUCACUCCGUAUGAGCUCGAGAUCGCCUUGCGAGCCGAGAUGGGCUGGACUGGUCGAUAUAUUCUUGACUUUGACAAAUUGCUGGCGGAGAACGUUGAAACAGAAGAUGAACAAGAGACAGGUGAAGAGGAAGGAGAUUUGGACCAACCAAUCUUCUCGCUAGUAACAGGAAAGUACCGCCAUGCAAAGCGUUACGGCAUCUCCUCGACGACAAACGGCACCACCGAAUCCUCUGCCAUAAUCCUGCGCAACCAAGAAAGCACGGUCACGACGCUUGCAGAUAGUGCCGCAGGAGAGUUCCUGCAAAACAGGACCUUCAGAGGAUUGGAGACCAGGAUCGGCCAGGAUGCGCCUGGUGUGCUGGAACAGGGAAGGAGCGGGAUCGCGCGAGGAUACGCAGAUGAUCGUCCAUCGUAAGGUAGGGUUGUUUGUGUUCUGCAAACUGGCAAUGCGAGUUACAAGCAGUGCCUGCUGAGAGGCACUAAUAUCAGAAAUGUUGGUCUCAGACCUGGACCGGGAGUGGCGCUUAACAAUCCUUGGAAUAUUGUAAACUGAAGUAAUCCGGGCCCGUGGCGUGCGGUGGAUCAACAUCCGGACUGGGAACGCAAAAUUCAAAACAUCUGUAUUUGUCUGGGACUGCCUGGGGAUAUCGAAUUUGCAGAAUACACGAAGAGUGCUUGUCGAUAUGAAUAUGUAGAAGAUCCUGCUUCAAGAUACAUAAUACAUGCAAGCACGAACGAAAGCUCGUAUCAUGAUCCCAACUCACAAGUACUACUCAAGCUCAGAAAGCCUGUACAUCGUUGUCCUCAUCCACGCACCCCAUCGCCAUUUCAAAUCUGAUAUACACUGUCGUUAG